AUGGCAACCGAAAAGGGGGAUAGCGGGCCCUCAGUGAUUGAGGCGCCUGAAAGUCGCACCAUCCCGUUCUGGCGUCUACUCACCGACCAGGGUGUGGUAACCCAGGAGAUCAUCGAUCACCACUAUCCUGGCUCUGGCACGGAUGAGGAUCCCUAUGCGGUAACAUGGCUUCCUAAUGAUCCUCGCAAUCCGAUGCAGUUCAGCGCGGCCAAGAAAUGGUCUUUCACUAUGGUGAUGGCCCUCGCAACCCUGGCUGUUGCCCUGGUCUCGUCCGGAUACACUGGUGGUGUCCUUGAGAUUGAAGAACAAUUUGGAAUUGGCACAGAAGUUGCAACGCUCGGUGUUUCCCUCUUCGUCCUCGGUUUCGCAGUUGGUCCCUUGCUAUGGGCCCCUCUUAGUGAGAUGUUUGGCCGGCAAAUCAUCUUCUUCUUUACGUACAUGGCUCUUACUGCCUUCAGCGCAGGCAGUGCCGGCUCGCAAAACACAUGGACCAUGAUCAUUCUCCGCUUCUUCGCUGGUUCCUUUGGGUCGUCUCCCAUGACCAAUGCAGGUGGUGUUAUUGCCGAUAUGUUUGCUGCCAAGGACCGUGGUAUUGCCACGAGUCUGUUCGCUGCGGCGCCUUUCCUCGGUCCCGUUCUUGGCCCCAUCAUUGGCGGAUUCCUGGGAAUGAAUGCGGGAUGGAGAUGGGUGAUGGGCUUUCUCGGUGCCUUCUCUGGAUUCGUCUGGAUUAUUGGUUCUCUCACCGUUCCUGAGACUUAUGCGCCAGUGCUUCUUCGUCGCCGCGCCGAGAGACUGAGCAAGCUCACUGGUAAGGUGUACCGGAGCAAGCUGGACAUUGACCAGGGCAAGACGACAAUCAAACAAGCAUUCAAAACCGCCCUGUCCCGUCCUUGGAUCUUGUUGUUCCGUGAGCCAAUUGUGUUCCUGCUGUCUCUUUACAUUGCCAUUGUCUACGGUACCCUGUACAUGUUGUUUGACGCCUACCCCAUUGUCUUCCAGGAGUACCGUGGCUGGAACCAGGGAGUUGGCAGUCUGCCUUUCUUGGGUAUCAUGGUUGGCAUGCUUGCUGCUGUCGCCUACAACAUCUGGGAUAACAAGCGCUAUGUCCGGGCACAGGAGGCGCACGGUGGUUUUGCCCCCCCGGAGGCCCGUCUACCCCCCUGCAUGGUGGCCUCUAUUGCUGUCCCGAUCGGUCUCUUCUGGUUCGCAUGGACAGACGCUCCGUCCGUUCACUGGAUGGCCAGUAUCGCUGCCGGUGCUCCAUUCGGGUUUGGCCUGGUUUUGGUGUUCCUGAGCAACCUGUCAUACCUGAUUGACACGUACACGAUCUUUGCCGCGUCCGUCCUGGCGGCCAACUCUGUCAUGCGGUCUAUUUUCGGUGCUGUGUUCCCCCUGUUCACCACCUACAUGUACGAGAACCUCGGUAUCCACUGGGCCACCUGUGUCCCGGCUUUCUUGGCCCUUGCCUGUGUGCCGUUCCCCUUCCUCUUCUACAAGUACGGCCCUGCUAUCCGCACUCGUUGCAAGUACGCCGCCGAGUCCGACGCCUUCAUGCGCAAGAUGCUGGAACAGCUCACAAAGAAGCCCGUUCCCGAGGAGGAGGUUAUGGCGGAAGAGAAAUUCGACCGUACUGAGGCCCCGGCUCCUGGCGUAGAGGCUGACGACUCCGACUCUAGCACUGAAGCGCACAUGCCUGAGGCCCACCGCACUCAGAGCAAGGCUUCGGUUCGGACGGCGAAGCAGUCGCUUUACGAGGGCAACCCCUACGAUAUCGACCGGGUGCACACCCGCGAGUCGUUCAAGCAAUGA